AUGCAUCGGGUUGACAUUAGCAUUAAAGCCAGCAACAAAAUUGAAAACAUCGCCCUUGGCUUGUUGAUGGAGGACGCCCAGAAUUUUGUGUCCAUGGUGGUGGGAUAUUACCACAUUUUUGUGGACAGAGACAAAAGGAUUCUAGAGAAAACUGUUGGCAAAAACACAUCCGAUCCUCAUGUCCCAUCAUAUGAUUCCCACCAUCGAGUAAUGCCAUCCCCGUGGGCUUAUCCUGAAGAUUUAGUGUCAGAGGUUGUUGAACCUUGUCGUGGAGGAAGUGGAGGUGAGGAUGAGAAAAUCAUCGACCUGUCUCAGGAACCCCCACAGUAUGAGAAAAAUGAGGAGUAUACUGCCAAAAUGAUACAAGGACUUAAUGUUCAGGUACAGACAAACUAUCUUCAAACUGACCAAGCCACCUCACAUCUUCAACCUCAAGAAACCUUAGUGAGCUUCAAAGCAAGUCCUGCAAGCAACAGAAAUAAUUCAGUAUUACACAUUUUAGAAGUUUCAACAUCAACAGAAGAUGUUGGGUCUGAGAUUGAGAAUAUCAGUAAGAUUCCUUCCAUAGAAUCUGAAUACCCUCCAGAAACAUCCAGCUUUAAUAUUAAUGGCUUGGGACAUGAUCAACAUGAUCGUUUACUUUCUGAUACAGCUAGCAGUACAAGUAGUCUAUCAAUGAAUGAAGCCAGUGAGAGGCAAGCCUUACUUGGGGACCAACAGAAUAAGGAGGAAGGUUCACCAACACGGUUUCUAGCUCUCAAGACGGCGGCCAAGAUGAAUGAUGGGAUGGAUGCGGACAGUGAUGACACUGACAGCAUGGGAACACCUCAUGCCAGUCCUGCCAAGAGCAGACAACUGACAAGAACUGCCUCCAAUGAAUUAGCAUUGCAAAGUUUUGGUCUGCACAGCCCAGACACAGGAGCAGAAGUUGAUUUCCAAAACAUGGAUGAAAAUAUUCAGGUCACAGCAAAUGGAACAAUGGAAGGCUACCAGUCAGCUUACUCCACACAGAGAGGUGUUAAUCAAGGGUUGUAUUAUGAUCCUGACAUUAUAGAUUUAACCAAUUUUCCACCUCCUGAAACACCAGAAAAUGAUUUAGUGCUAGACUUCACAGAUUCAAACUUUCCCCCACCAGGAUUUUCUUCACAUACAUCUUUAUCUAACUGGACCAGUAAUGACACAGCUCUCCAACUGAUCACACUUCCAAGGGCAUCAAGUACUCCUAAUCGGCUGGAAAGGUCAGCCAGCACAGGCAAUUGUCCAGAUUUUCUUGACGACGACAUCGAUGCUCUAAUAGCGCAGUUUAUUAUUCCUCCGCCUCCAUCACUGUCAGUAACAAGUGAUGCCAGCUUGUCCGUUUCUGAUAACAACGACAAUAUUGAUGACCUGGCCCACCUCAUCAUACCUCCACCACCACCGAAUAUCGUAAACAGCUCCCAGUUAGAAUACAUUUCAGUUGUGCCUCCUGUUCAUGAUACAACAGCCUCUGGACAAGAUAUUGAAAAAUCAUCGGGUAAACAUGUAUUCCGGCACAAACGUUCUUCUUCUUUGGAUGUAAACUUCUUACGCAGCUCAAAAGAUCAGUUUGAUCCCAAAUAUAGGAGUGUUUCUAUGGAUGACAAUAAAAAUAUCAUUGAUGCCACUUCAAAGAAAAUGUCAUCCUUAGAUACUAACGGAGUCACUGGAAGUGAUUCUGUCAAUGGCAUUAUGGGUAAUUCCCCUGCAUCAGUAUCAGAAAAGCUUCAUAGUUUGUUGCAGUCAUUGCCUACUUUUGCCAAAGAAUGUGAUCAAACAAACUGUAACGCUGAUGUGGCAAAAACCGGUCCACUUCAGAUUCAUCGCAGCUCUUCUUUAGACUUAAUUACUACACAAACCAAACAACGAGAUCCUAAUUCUAUUCCAAUUUUUACCAGAAGUUCAUCAUUAAGGCUCAAAUGGCCACCGUUAAGACCACGAAGUCAAAGUUGCGAACCUGUUGCUUCAGACAGCUUCACCGCUAGAAAACCUGACUCACACACUAUGACAAACUUGUCAGGUACAUCAAUAAAAUCUAGCUCUGCUAAGGAUUUGGAUAAACCAUCCCAUGGCUCAGAAAGUUUUGCUACUAUGAAAGCAAAACUGAAAGACUACAGGGAUUAUCUGCUGAGCAAAAGUAAAUCAAGUGCCUCCAAGAAACACACAGCAAGCCCCGACUCAAAACAGAGUUUAGAAUCUGGAUUACCACAUCGAUCAAACUCCUUCAGUAAACUGUUCAGCAGAAAAGGAUCUAAAUCAGAUGAAUAUGGUUCUGCAAACCUGGCCUCGGCAGACGAUAAUUGGGAACUAAAAGAAGCGAAGCCAACUUCAUCGAUGUCACUUACUGGAGAAUUAGUGGUGGAGCAAAGAGAAGAAAAACGUGUGCCUGUGGUUCGAGAUGCUUUAGGUCUGAAUCGGCCAACUCUUCGACCUCUCUCCAACACUCUAAACCAGGUAA